AUGAUCUUCAUCGAAACCUUAAUUUUUCUUCUACUACAACAUUUGGCUUUGACAUCUAGUUAUAAAUUGUUAGGCCAUCACAACCCCCCUCACCACUCUCUGCAUACAGAUAAGGCUGCUCUCAUGGCAUUCAAAAAAACUGUAAUACAUGAUCCCAAUUCCGCACUUGCUAACUGGGAUGCGGCUGUUGAUGUGUGCAACUUCACGGGUGUGACGUGCGACAAACAACAUCACCGUGUAGCACAACUCAGUCUGAAUAAAACUGAACUCGUCGGGCUGCUUUCCCCCAUCCUUUCCAAUCUCACUGGCCUUCGUAUACUAGUGAUUGUUGGCAAUCACUUGUUCGGAAAAAUUCCACCUGAAUUUUGCUACCUUCGAUGUCUCCACCGUCUCCAUAUUGAGGGGAACAAUCUACAUGGUUCAAUACCAGACUCCUUUGCCCUUCUUUCCAAACUUACUAGACUACUUCUUAACCAAAACAAUUUAAGCGGUACACUUCCACCUUCCUUGUUCUCCAACUGCACUUUGUUACAUAACAUAGACUUCUCCAACAACUUCCUCACAGGUGAAAUUCCAAUAGAGAUUGGAAAUUGUCAAGCUCUAUGGAACCUCAAUUUAUACAGCAAUCAAUUAACUAGACAAAUUCCUCUCUCUUUAGCAAAUGCUUCAAAGCUGUACAACAUAGAUGUGGAGUACAAUUUUCUUUUUGGUGAACUGCCUUCAAAGCUUGUUGGGAAUCUUCCUGAACUUGCCUUUCUUCACUUAUCAUAUAAUAAAAUGGUAAGCCAUGACAACAACACCAAUCUUGAUCCAUUCUUCAUUGCACUUGGAAACUGCACUAAGCUACUGGAGCUUGAAUUGGCUGGCAUGGGCCUUGGGGGAAGAUUGCCUAGUUCCAUUGGCCAACUUGGUGUCCAGCUAAACUAUUUGUUACUGCAGGAAAACCAAAUCUUUGGAUCAAUUCCUCCAAAUUUAGCAAAUCUUUCUAACCUUUUAGUCCUGAAUUUGACAUACAAUCUUCUAAAUGGAAGGAUACCUUCAGAGAUGAGUCAGUUAUCAAGCUUACAACAACUUUUCUUAUCACACAACCUUUUCACCAGUGCCAUUCCUCCAGUACUAGGCAACUUAUCUUCUCACCUGGGUCUGCUAGAUCUAUCACACAACAAAUUCUCUGGUGAAAUCCCAGCAAUUCUAGGAAAUUUGGUUCGAAUAAAUUACCUGUUUCUGAACAACAACCUUCUCUCAGGAAUGAUACCUCCAACUUUGGGACAGUGCAUAGAUCUGAAUGAGCUUGACUUGUCAUAUAAUAGACUGACAGGGAGCAUCCCCCCAGAAUUGGCAGGUAUGCGCGAGAUCAGAAUUUUUAUUAAUCUUUCACAUAAUCAUCUCGAAGGGCCUUUGCCAAUCGAGCUCAGCAAGCUAGCAAAUGUGCAAGAGAUGGAUCUCUCUUCAAAUAAACUUACUGGAAGUAUCUUUCCUCAGAUAUCAAGUUGCAUUGCAUUGAGAAUGAUAAAUUUCUCAAACAACUCUCUGGAGGGGCAUCUUCCAGAAUCCUUAGGGGAACUUAAAAAUCUUGAAUCCUUUGAUGUCUCACGAAACCAAUUAUCUGGAAUGAUUCCAAUGAGCCUCAAUAAAACUCACUCACUCACCUAUCUAAAUCUUUCACUGAACAACUUUGAGGGAUUGAUUCCCACUGGUGGCAUCUUUGACUCAGUAACAAACUUGUCAUUCUUGGACAAUCACCGACUUUGCAGGGCACUCUCCAGCAAAAUUCCUGGCAUUCCAUUUUGCUCUCAAAAGAGACGCUGGUUUCAUUCCCGUGUGUUCUUGAUUAUAUUCAUAUUGGUCAUUUUCAUAACAGCAUUCUUAACAUUAAUAUGCUGUGUGAUUGGAUUUCGUCAUGUUAGUGUAAUUAUUCACUCUCGGAAGGCUAGAGAAGUCAGAAAACCAACUACACCAGAACUAAUCCACAAUAUUCCAAGAAUUACCUAUAAAGAACUAUCAGAUGCAACCUCAGGAUUUGAUGAUCAGAGACUAGUUGGGUCCGGUAGCUUUGGACGUGUCUAUAGGGGAGUUCUUCCAGAUGGUACAGCCAUUGCAGUCAAGGUGCUACAUUUGCAAUCUGGAAACUCAACAAAGAGUUUUAACAGGGAAUGCCAAGUCUUAAAGAGGAUUCGUCAUAGAAACCUGAUAAGGAUUAUAACAGCAUGCAGUCUACCUGAUUUUAAGGCUCUUGUUCUUCCUUAUAUGGCAAAUGGGAGCUUGGAUUGCUGUCUUUAUCUGCACUCAGACACUGGUUUGCGUUCAGGUUCAUCAGAUUUGAGUCUUAUCCAGAGGGUCAACAUUUGCAGCGAUAUUGCUGAAGGGAUGGCCUAUCUGCAUCAUCAUUCCCCUGUCAAAGUCAUACACUGUGAUCUAAAGCCAAGCAAUGUUCUUCUCAAUGAUGACAUGACGGCUCUAGUUUCUGAUUUUGGGAUCGCAAAGUUAGUUAUGACAGCUGGAGGGGGAAAUGGUGCUGCUGCUGAAAUGGGAAAUUCUACUGCAAAUUUGUUAUGUGGAUCUAUUGGAUACAUUGCACCGGAUGACAUGUUUGUUGGCGGGCUAAGCCUGCACAGAUGGGUGAAGAGUCACUAUCAUGGAAGGAUAGAAAGGGUGAUAGAUCCUUCUUUGGUAAGAGCUUCCAGAGAUCAAUCCCCUGAAGUAUUGAAAAUGUGGGAAGUUGCAAUUGUAGAAUUGAUUGAGUUGGGCAUCCUUUGCACACAGGACUCUCCAUCUACUAGGCCUUCUAUGCUUGAUGCAGCCGAUGAUUUAGAUCGCCUCAAGAGAUACCUUUGUGGGGAUACUACAGCAACCUUCGCCUCCUCUCUUGGAAUUUCAUCUUCUACCCUAGGCGAUGACUAACAGUUCCUCUAUAUAUAUAUGUACUUUCAUGGAAAUGCCAUUUAUUUUCUGAUCUAGA